AUGUCCUCCGCGUCUACAUUGUCACUGCGUCGGAAUGGCAAGCGGCAAUCCUGCGAACAGUGCCGGAAGAUGAAGAUCAAAUGCGAUCAUUCACUCCCGAAAUGCGGUCGCUGUGUCAAGAGGAAUCUGGAUUGUUUCUAUGAUCCGGCCCCGAUGACCCAGAAAUUCCGAUCGCAUCGUAUGGAAGGAGACUUGCUGCAGCUUACCAAAACAGGCGUGAAGAAAGCACCGAGGUCGAGUUCAAUGACAAGCUUUUCAGAUCUAGACCCAGAUAACAGACGUAUUUCCUCUCCGCAUUCUGUGGUGAUCAAUACUCCCCGAGUUAAAACCAGCGGCUUUGUGGGUCCUAUCAGCUAUCGCACUGUGAUGACUGACAGUCAGAACCAGUCAGAUCAGCUAGGUAGUCUCGGUGCAGCAGAAGACCCUACAGCUACUCAUAUAAUUGAAUCAAGGCGACUUGAGAUGGGUCUACAGGUUGUUGAUUUUUUGUGUAAGCAUGCGGUUCCAAUACGAGUAUUAGUGGAACGCAUAUAUUUCAUCGGCAGGAUGCCUAUUCUGCCAACGACACUCGCGCUUCCUGCACUUGAACACCUAUGGGAUAUGAUUGAAGGCGAUGAUGAUUCAGUGACCAGUCCAUCUAGGCUUGAAGCUGUGAUUCGCAUAUUUCACAACUCUUAUCAGCCAAUACCAAUCACCAAAUCGACCAAAGUGGACGAACUAAGUCGCUUGAUCAGCGGCGAGAAUGUUCGAUGGGAGACCAUCUGCAAUAUUCUCGUGCUAGCAAGUAUAGGCUUGCUGCAUUUUCAUAGUCGAGAAAUUGAAUUCAUUGGCUAUAAUAAAACAGACAAACAAAGCCUCCUCGCCGAGUUUUACGAAAUCAAUGACAGCCUCCUAGGCUUGACUAAGGAGUCUCCCUUUCUCAAUGAACUCGUCAUUUGCCUCAAAUACAACCAAAUCUUGUAUGCCCUCAUUCGAUUUGGAGAAUCAAGUCAACGCGCGUACUCAUCUUUUGUGGAUCUCAUGUCUUGCAUCUACGCAUCAGGAAUCCAUCAAGAUAAGCCCAUAAUCGGCGACAGCCCUAGUUUCAUUGAUCAGUGGCGUCGAAAAAUCUUCGCAACGGCGUACUACAUGGAUAAAAAUAUCGCUACAGCUCUCGGUCGACCGCCCCAGAUGAAUCGAUAUUACUGUGUUUUAGAACCUCCGCUAGACAUUGACGAUGAAGUUACAGGGCCAGAUCUGCAACAGCAGCUUCGUAUGCUUGACCAGAAUGGGUGGAAUAUGGAUGGUAAACGACGUCCUGCCAGUUUGAUACGUCUUCGAUUUCUUCUCGCCACCGUUCGCGAGGAAAUUUUAGAGCAUCACUUGGGCGUGGACAAAAUUGACAUUGGAGCUAAAUCUCAACUAGCUUUGCACAAGCUCCGGUCCAUUUGGCAAUCCUGUCCCAACAAUAUAAAAUAUUCCCCAGAAAUGUGGAACGGUCAACUAUCUACUCAGGACAUCUUACCUAUUCUUUGGUUGUAUUUGGAUUACAUGUAUUCGACCUUUCUAAUCUAUCUUACUGCCCAUGACCCUUCUAAAGGAACCUCUGAGCGGCUACUUUUAGUAGCAAAAAACAUCAUAUCCACUAUCUUGAGCGUCAAUGACGAACGUGAACGAGCAAGGGAGGUCAGAAGCGACUUUUUUGGCCUUUUUCUACCAUACGGUCUCCCGAGUGCUGAGAUUCUCACAAAGGAGCUGUUACGUCGUCCUUCUCUAGGCACUGAUCCGGCAGAAACCCAUCUACCUCGAGCUGAAAUAAUUCGCGAGCUUACAGUCUACGCCUCCUGCUUAAGUUGGGUUGCUCGACCAGGAAGCUGGAAUGCCGAAUUUUGUAAGGAAGUGAAGGCGAAACUUAUCCGGAUUCUAGACCAAAUUAUCAAUCCAUCGAACAACCCUCCUCAUUUAGAGCAAGAUGGGAUAUCUAGAGACAACCAAGGAAACGCUAAUCAGGAGCUUGGGGAUAUGAUGAUUGGCUGGGAUCAUCUCUUUGAUUGGGAUCGUGGGGGGCAUUGGGAUUCAGGGCUGGAUUUUCUCUGUGAGCCAGUAUUCUACAUUGUCGCAAUACACGGCGAUGGUGGCCACUAUCAAAAUUCGUGGACACAUCCUGAAACAAAAGUCUUCUGGCUGCGUGAUUUGCUUCCGCAAAUUGUUCCCAGGUCAAGGAUCAUGUCAUUCGGAUAUCACGCAUCGAAAUCAUCAUUCCCAGCCACUCCUACCCAAGAUAUUGCAUUAAUAUUAUUAACAGAGAUUUCCGAAUUAAGAAAUGGAACCGGGAGUGAAAAGAGACCCGUGAUCUUCUUGGCUCAUAGUUUUGGAGUUAUGAUACUGAAAGGGGCUCUCGUUGAUUCGUCAUCAUCCAAUUUUCACGACAUUUAUUCCUUUGUGCAGGGAAUUUUAUUCUUUGGUACACCCCCAGAUAUUAGCCACGGGCUUAAAACUCUCCUUGCGAUUUCUUCACAGGAAGAAACGAAGGAAUCACCACAGACAUUGGCAUUGAGAAAAGAUGCUGAGUGGCUACAAGUGAUUGCUUCUGAAUAUGCAAAAUUAGAAGCGGCAGGAGGGUUUCCAAUAGUUUAUUUCCUUGAAAGUCCUCAUGGAGAGGAACCAAGAGGCGAGAAUCUUGACGAGGAAGAAGAAAAAGAAAGCCAAAGCAGAGUGAUACGUAUGGGAAAGACCCAUGGAAUGAUGAUACGGUUUCCUAAUGCGAAAGAUGGGGAUUUUCGACAAGUCGAGAAGUAUCUUAAAAAAAUAACGACAUAA